AUGGUCUUGACCAAGGUGAGUUUCCCUCCUCCACAUUGCACUGUGCUUGUAACAGAUAUUUUGUACGUACAGAUUCGCCUGUUUGCCUCUAAGGUUGUGCACUCCAGCACGAUCCUGCUCCCUGCCUGGAAGGCCCGUGUGUCUGAGGCCAAGCUGCCGGCGAGGUUGCUUCCUCGUGACGUCCGGACGAGGUGGAAUUCGACUUACGAUAUGUUGACGGCGGCAAUCCAGUACCAGAAGGUGAUAGAUGCAAUGUGUGCAGACAAGGAGUUGGGGCUGAGGAAGCUCGAGCUCACGUCGCGCGAGUGGAUGAUUGCCACGCAGCUCGCGGACGUACUUAAGGAUGCAACGGCGUUCUUUUCGCGGGGCACUCCUAACCUGGCGACAGUGAUACCUGCCAUGGACUCCAUCAACUCGAAGCUCGCCACCAAGCACCGUGACACCGCGAAGUACGACUACGCCAUCCGCACCGCCAUGGGUUUCGCGAAGCGAACACUCAACAAGUACUACGAGCUUACGGACACAUCGGCCGUGUACCGUAUCGCCAUGAGUGAGUUAUAA